CAAACUUGCUUCAAACCCUAGGAAAAUGAUAUCCGAAUAUGAAAAGUCUCGAAAUAUCAAUAUUCAGAAAAACAAAGCAAUGCUUGAGGCACUUGGGCUAGAUAAACCCCUUAUUGAACCAAAAGAGCAGAAACGAAAACCUUCUACCAGUUCAAAAAAGAGAAAGUCCACCGCCACCAAUGAUGAGGCAUCACAGCCCGCCGCAAAGAACCAAUGCGUCGAAAUGGCGACGAACUCCGAUUCUACUGUCCGAAGAAGCUCGAGAAACACCGGGAAGCACGUCGACUAUCGAGGCGAAAUUCGAGCUGACCAGGCCCUCCCAUUGGCAUUUUCGAGUGGUGUGAAGACGUCGGAAAAUGAAGGCCCUCUUGGACGCGACGAUGGCUUCAGGAAGCAUGAUCC